GCUGCUCUGGCAACUUUCUGCGUAACUGCUGGAUACUGGGCGCUAUUCCUCAUUGCUGACGAGAUCGAUCAGCCGUUUGGCGGAGACCCUAAUGACCUGAACCUGUCGAACAUGCAGCGCGACUUCAACGCCAGCUUGAUCACCUUACUGGACCGUAAGACUCAGACCGUACCUUCGUUUCGCCCGCAUCAGAGACUGCAGAGAAACUCUACAACAGUGAUUGGGUCCCGGUUCCGCAACCCAAUGCAGGGGGAGUUCUGGCCGACCAAAGAUCAGAUUGCCGGCCCAUCGGAAGAGCUCACGAGGGCCCAGCUAGUCGGAGCUACGGCUGAUGAGGUCCAUCUGAAUGUUGGAACGCCACGGUCUCUUGAAGAAUGGCCAUCGCAGAGCCCGUCACACAAGAAGGAGAAAAAACUGCAGAAGAAGAAGAAAAAGUCGGGAGCAAUCAUGCGCGAAUUGGAGCCGGACGAGACAGAACAGGCCCAGAGCAUGCCCGACAACAGACAGGAAGCCAGUGACGCUUUGUAUGUGGACCAAGUAGCUGCCACUGGGCCGAGAGAUGCGCCAUCAUCCGGCAUGCAAAUGCAGUUGGGGCUUCGCGUUGAAGCAGAGCCAGGAGAGCUUAAAGAGCGGGCUUCCCUUCUAAACUCUUAG